AUGCACGGAAAUGUACCGAUCUCAACAGCAAAAAGACGACUUAGAAUAACCAAACGGAAAACAGCUGUUAAAAAUAAGGUGAACGGAAGGAAUGGCCGUUCGAACUGCUCUCAUCUGCCGCUCUCAUUGCCUCCACGGUCAAUGGCCAAUGAACACGAUGUGGCUGAGGCUUCGAGAACGAGGAACGCCCGUCCAGCAGCAGCGGAUGAGGCGCUUUGCCAUUCGAAAUUAAUCGCCGCGACGCCCAGCGUCAGUCACACGAGCCUAAAGAUCGAAUUCGCACAAGCAACACACGAACACCAACACAAUCGCAUAAUAAUAGGAGGGGUUUGCAUGCGAAACAAGGCCGCCGACGAAGCAGGCAUCAACUCCAACCGCCAAAAAGUGUUCCUGUUCGGCGAGAACGUACAACAACACGAAGGGUUGAUCUAG